UAAUGGAUGCCCCCCAUGGGUGAAAGAGCAGGGCUUUGGUUCAGGCAUCAUGGUCAAGCAGGCCUGACCGACAGCAGCUCUGUUGUGCAAACCAUGAGAACCAUGCAAGGCCGCAUCUUCUCAGGCACCAAGGAGUCCAGGACACAUCUUAUCUGGAGAUAGCAGCACCAGCGCAAGCUGGGGCUAGACAAAACUAAAACUGACACAGCUGCAAAAACACCAAGUGGGGUUUGACUACAAGUCCAUCGCUUUAUCCUAUAAAUACUUUUCGCCUCCCUGUGCCCACUGAAAUCUCCCAUACAGCAGCGAGCUGCACAGCAGGGAUCUCUCCAGGAGCAGACGUCUGCCAAAGUUGCUCCUGGAGACUGAGAGACUCUUCACUCAGCAUCUGAUACCUACGGCUGAGAGUCCCUUCACACACCAUCUGAUACCUUGAUACUACAGCAAGAUGUCAAGCCCAGAUGAGCUGGCUCUCCUGGCAGAUGAUGACCUGUUUGAAUUCCUCCUGAAAGAAGGUUGUUUUAUGCCUGAUAUCUCAGUGGGGGACAAUGUUCUGCUGGAAGACUGGGGGCUGCCAGAGCCUGAGCCUCUGGACAAGGAUAUGGAUGAUUUCAUCACGUCCAUCCUGAACCCCUUUCAAAACGGGGCAGGCAUGCGGCAGGAUUGUCUACCUGCUGAUGGGGAUAUCGACAUUCCGGAAGAUCAACUUCAGCUCCUGAAUUUUGUCAAUGAAUUUGGUUUCAGCGGCUUUUCCUUCAGCGACUUUGCUGGCAAUGACUUGGCUGGCAACGACCUGGCUGGCAACAACUCUGCUGGCAACAACUCUGCUGGCAGCGAGAUUGCUGGCAGUGAGCUGGCUGGUAGCGAGGUUGCUGCCACAGACCCUGCCAGCGACACCCAGAACUCAGAAGCCCCGCAGGUUGAUCACAGCUCUUCCCUCCACUGGGAUUGGUCUCUGCUGCAAAGCAUAGCAUCCGAGCUGGCAGACAUGGGAGAGGAGAAUAUAUCCACUGAUGUCGGCAACUGGCAAAGAGCGGAAGGCACAAGCAUGGCCCUUGUACCAACUUCUGGUUUCCCAGUUCCAGCUUCUGUGGAUGCCGUACCCCAGGUUGAGCCUGCCAUCACUAUGCAGGCAAGCUUCCCAGAGCUGGUCCUGACUGAGGAGCAGAAGCAGCUCCUGCUGGCUGAAGAUUUCACUUAUCUGCCACUGACCCAAGUUAAAGACCAGCUUGUGAAGAAGGCACGUCGCAAGGUCUGGAACAAGCAUUCAAUCCAGAAUAUCUAUCGCAGAAAGAAGAGGAACAUGAAUAACCUGGAAAACAAGUAGGGGCACACAGUAGUGUCACCCAGCACUGGGGAGACAGAUUUCUUUAUGGGUACUCUGCAAUACUCAAUUGUAGUUGCAUAGGAUCGUAUAUUUGUGUUGUGAGAGCAAAGCUCAUCCAGUUCUAACCCCCUGCCAUGGACACCUCCCACUAGACCAGGUUGCUCCAAGCCCCG